AUGUCUAGUAUCAUUCGUGAAGUUUGGAAUUAUAAUGUUGUAGAGGAGUUUAAUGUGAUUCGGAUGCUCCUCCCUUUAUCUGUUUACGCCUCAUUUGAUAUGGAAUUCCCUGGUACCAUCUUUCAUCCUGACGUCCCUAAGCACUUUCUCUCUUCUCUCAGUCCACCCGUAAAUUAUUCUUAUUUAAAGGCGAAUGUGGAUACCAUGAAGUUGAUUCAAGUGGGCCUUACUCUGUCAUCUGUGCCCAACCCUCAUUCUGGUGUCGUUAAUUCUAACGUUUGGCAAUUUAAUUUAGAUAAUUUCGAUGUGGAUUCUGAUUUUCAGAAUCCUAAUUCUAUCACACUUUUAAGAGAAACUGGAAUUGACUUUGUUAGGAACAAAGUUGAAGGUAUUAGUUUAGGUUUAUUCAGAAAUCUUCUAAUAUCAUCUGGCCUUCUAUGCGGCCCCUCUCAUCUGAAUUGGGUCACCUUUCACGGAGCAUACGAUUUUGGCUUUGUUGUCAAAAUUUUGACUCAAAGACCCCUCCCACCCAAUUUGAUCAUGUUCAUGAGUUUGGUUAGGGAGAUUUUUGGGGAAGCAGUGUUUGAUUUGAAGCACAUUGCGAAAUUUUGUAGGGGUCUUUACGGAGGCUUAAGUCGAUUGGCAGAAACCCUAAAUGUGGAUAGGAUUUCAGCUAAUGUUACUGGAAUUUACUCUCUUGGUGCCAAUCAAUUCUUUGUAGAACCUAAUUGUUUCCCCAUGAACCUAUUUCUGUCCAAUAACAACACUCCCACUAUAUUUUUCCUAUCUGACCACCCAAUUUCUCCUGUUCCUAGUUGA